GUCAAGYAAACAAAAGAAUACUAAAAUGGCSGCCAUUUUGGAAUAAGGUGUAUUGAAUUUCCGUCGGCUUGGCACUCACCUUGAAUAACCUUCAUCCACGCGACCUUGAGCAACACGCGCUUUCCUUGCUUCUGGUUGGUUGUCAUGUUGUGACUGGAAAAUUUUACCAAAAGAUGCUAUAGCUAGUCUAACACACCGGCCACCAGAUAUAUAAGCAAACAACCUUUGUGGUUUUUUGUUUGUAGAUUUUAGUUUAGAGUUCAGGUUCGUCGGCGAAAACGUGAAGUUCUCAGUUUUAAACUCUUCAGGAACUACUUCUACAAUGCCGGAAAGUUACAUCACACUCAACAAGACUCCUCGGCCGACUAAUGACCCGCCAUUUACGCUGAAGGAAUUGAAAGCCGCCAUUCCUGCUCAUUGUUUUGAGCGAAACACCUUCAAGUCGUUUACUUAUGUCGCUUUGGAUUUAACCAUGGCGUGGGUUCUGUUUUUAAGCACAGGAUAUUUCACCCAUCCAUAUUUAACGCCAUGGGCCUCGUACAUUCUCUGGCCGGUUUAUUGGAUCUGCCAAGGCUGCGUCUGCACUGGUAUAUGGGUUUUAGCCCACGAAUGUGGCCACUACUCGUUUUCGGAUAGCAAGACAGUCUGUGACUUCACUGGGCUUGCGUUACACACCCCUCUUCUUGUGCCGUACCAUUCCUGGCGAAUUAGUCACGCAAAACAUCACCGAAGCACAAACGAUAUGGACCGCGAUGAAGUGUUUGUCCCCAGCACAAAAGAUGAGUUCAGAAAAGGAAGUUUGGCAGCUCUUUCUCCUUCAUGGAACGUUUUAAGCCUGUUGAAACUGUUCUUAUUCGGUUGGCCUGCGUAUCUUCUGUUCCAUGUCACAGGUCGUAAAUAUCACACACAUACGGAUCACUUCAACCCCAAUAGCCCAAUUUUCAGCGACAAAGAUUACCGAGACGUGAUAAUUAGCGACGUCGCACUGGUGGCGUGGAUCGGUUUCCUUGGUUACCUGGCUUCUGUUAAUUCUGUGUUGUGGCUGGUGAAAGUCUAUAUCAUCCCGUAUCUCAUAGUGAACUUCUGGUUGGUAUUUAUUACCGACUUGCAGCAUUCUGACGCAGCUGUGCCUCAUUACAGAGGACGGCAGUGGAGCUGGCUUAAGGGAGCCCUGUGUACGGUUGAUCGAGACUAUGGCAUUUUGAAUUACGUCUUUCAUCAUAUCGGUGACACACAUAUUGCCCAUCACGUGUUCUCAUACAUGCCACAUUACCAUGCGGUGGAGGCGACCAAGCAUCUGAAAAAAGCUUUAGGAGAGUUUUAUUACAAAGAUAACACCCCGAUAUUCAAGGCCAUGUGGUUGACUGGGAGAUAUUGCCGUUAUGUUGAAAACUCGGGUGACAUUCUGUGGUAUAAACACGAUUAAUGUAUAUUUCUUUUGUUGAUGUCUACUUUGUUACUGAUGAAUAGGGCACCUCCGUGUAACGUUACGAGAUCCAAAAAGACAUAAUUUCCCUCCUUAUGGGAAUGAGCUCUAUUACGAACAUCCACCUCUUGUUUAGCAAAAAUAGGUUUAGAACCAUUCUGAAGUCAACACAAGUCAAUUUUUUUAAAUAAUACUUUUUAGGAGUGUAGUAAUAAUAUGUAAUGUUAACUCUCUUUAAAGAUUUCCAUAUUUCUCUUGCAAUCUUGAUUAUGAGAAUUUAGCGAUACAUCAGAGCAAAUGCGUCGAUUGGUCUUGUUAUGAUCAGGCCCUUGAUUCUCGUGACUCUCAUGUCACAGUUAAAUUUGCUAUAAAAAGUAAGAAAAUUUAGAAAUUAAUCACUAUAUAAAUUAAAGUAGAUCCACAGGAGUGUCCUGACUUUUUAAGUUAUAAACAUUGGUUCUUCUCUUGAGAUUAUUUAGUUCUUUAAGCAAAUAAUAACGGCUCCAGAGACCAAAUUAAUUUAUUGCCUUGAAUAAUAUAUGCGUAAAUAAAAAUUUCAGCCUGCCAUUACUGUGCGUUUACAGCCUUCGGUUUGUAAGAGAUUUUUUAAACUUUCAAAAAUAAUUUCUUGAAGAUUUAUAACAGUUUUGUAGAGCGAUUUAAGUUUCAUAGUAGGAAGUCUUGGAAAGCUAUUGUUUUUAGAAGCUGUGUUAUUAUCCUUUAGACCAAAUGAAGAUCUAGAAUCCAACAAGGGAGUCUGAAGAUAUUUAAGAGUAGGUAAGCGGAGGUAAACGCAAUUUCGGCACAAACGUUCUAAAAUCUUACUGAAUUGUAAAAACUACGAAUGGUAAAAUACUAAAACUCACAACACUAAGGCAAACGAAAGCUGUUUGUAAUGAAGCUGUUAUUAAAG